GGAGCCUUGACGCCACCGCGGGGCCGGGCAGGGCAGUGCGGGCAGUGUCAUGGCGGCGCCGCUGCGAGACCGGCUGAGUUUCCUGAGCCGGCUGCCGGUGCUGCUGCGGGGCACGGCCGACGACGACACCCCGUGCCCCGGGUACCUGUUCGAGGAGAUCGCCAAGAUCUCCCACGAGUCCCCCGGGAGCAGCCAGUGCCUGCUGGAGCACCUCCUCACGCGGCUGCAGAGCAGCUCCUGCCACGUUAAGCUGAAGGUGCUGAAGAUCCUGCUGCACACCUGCUCCCAGGGCUCCCCCCAGUUCGUUCUGCAGCUGAAGAGGAACGCGGGCUUCAUCCGCGAGGCUGCGGUGUUCUCCGGGCCCCCCGACCCCCUGCACGGCAACAGCCUGAACCAGAAGGUGCGGGCGGCUGCACAGGACCUGGCCAGUGUUCUCUUCUCGGAUGUGCCGCUGCCACAGUCCCUGGCACUGCCCGCCCGGCCCCCGGCCCCCGCCGGGAUGGGUUCCAGUCCCAGCCCCUGCGGGUCUCUGCAGGGAUUCGGCUUCAGCGGUGACAGAAGCGGCCCCGCUUCCACCGGGGAGGCCCUGCUGAGCAGCCUCCAGCGAGCAGCCGAGGCCGUGGCCCAGGCCGUGCUCCCAGCGCCAGGGGGGCCCCGGCGGCCUCAGGGGGACCUCCCCGAGGACACCUACGAGCCUGUCCGAGCCCCCUCCCCUGCUGGCAGCCCGGCCCCACCAGCCCCGCCGCCCCCCGUCCCCCGCGGGGCCCGAGUGAGCCACCAGCCCGGGCUGGCCGGGGGCGGCUGGGAGGAGGUGGACAGCGGGCACAGCUCCCGGGAAUCCUCGCAGGGACACGAGCGGAGCCGCGCCUCAGACUCGGGCAGCAAAUCCGGCAGCGACAGCCGCUCCGGGGCCAGCCGGGAGCUGAGCCACGGCACCGACAGCAGGGUGGACGCCGACAGCCCCGGUGACUGCCGGCGGGAGGUGAGCCUGGUGUCGGGGCUGACGCGCGGGGCCAGGGUCUUCCUCACCAGGGAGGAGGCUCAGCACUUCCUCAAGGAGUGUGGGCUCCUGAACUGUGAGGUGGUGCUGGAGCUGCUGGGCCGGGCUCUGGAGGAUCCCAGCGACAGCGUCCGCAUGAGAUCCAUGUCCGCCCUCUCCGCCCUCGGCUGCUCCGACCUGCUCUCCCCGGAGCAGAUCUUCGCCGUGACCCGGCAGCACCUGCAGCAGCUCAGCCAAGGCAGCCCCGGGCCCGUGGCCAACCGGGCAACCAAGAUGCUGCGGCAGUUCGAGGCCCUGUGCCGGGCCCAGCCCUCCCCGAAGGCCCCGCGCCUACCCCCAGCCCCCCCGGCGGGCUCGGCCAGGGACCUGCUGAUGGACAUCCCGGCCCUGGCCAGCGAGAGCAUCCUGACCCCACUGAGCCCGGCCCCCACAGCCCCUCCAGCCCCCGGUGAGGAGCUGGGGGCGGGAGCGGAGCCCCCCGGGGCCGCGGUGCCGCCGUGUCCCUGCCAGCAGGGCGGGGGGAUCGGGCUUGGGGGGGACAUGGCAGCCCCCGGGCUGUCCCUGUUUGCUGGGAUGGAGCUGGUGGCCCGUCCUGGUGCCGUAGUCCGGCCAGAGUCGCCAUCAGCACAGCCACAGACACUGCCCCAGCCCCAGGACACGGGCACAGACACAGGGACGGACACGGAGGGCCCCCGGCAGCCCUCGGCCUUCGCCUUCCUCAACAUGUAGCUGCUGUGGGGUUCCGGGGGCUGCAGGGGCUGUGCCCCCCUCCCUGCGGGGCCUGUGGUGUCCCGGUCCCUCAGGGGGACAUGGGGUGUGAAAGGGUCCCUAGGGGGGACAUAGGGCUUCCAUCAGGUGACAGUGGCCCUGUCCCUGAUGUUCAAGAUGGGUGGAGGGGCCUGGCCAUGGCACCUCUUUCUCCUCUGGGCUGGAGGGGAGCCCAGGACCCUCUGGGGCUGAGCUGGGGGUGUUCUGGGGACCCUGGUGCGGCCAUGGGGUGCCCCUGCCCAGCCCCAGCUCCGGCCCAGGCUCUGUGGGGCCGAGGUGGGAGAAGGUGCCAUCCCCCUGGGGCCGGGACCCACCAAUAAACCCCUCCUCGGG